CAGCUGUCGUCUCCACCUCCACCACCCCAGCAGUCGCCUCCACCUCCACCACCCCAGCUGUCAUCUCCACCUCCACCACCCCAGCUGUCAUCUCCACCUCCACCACCCCAGCAGUCGCCUCCACCUCCAUCUCUGCAUCAGAAGCCAUGAUGAAGCUGCUGCAGUUGACAGCUGUGUUGUUUGGGGUUGUCGUCAUCACAGGAGCAGAUCCUUCACCCGACACACAGCUCCCACCGACGCCGGUGUGUCCUCCCAGGGACUCUCCCGGCUUCUUCUGCAGGGAAAAAUGUGUAGAGAACGCGGACUGUGGGCCCAACCUGUUCUGCUGUGAGGUGCGCUGUGGCAAGAUGUGCAUGACCAGAUACCAGCACACUCAGUCGCCCACCUGCCCGCCCCCUAACCCGUUGAUCAGAUGUUUCGCCUUCGUCCAUAGCUGCAACAACGACCAGGAGUGCAAGAAGAUUGGCCCUCAUGGCCACUGCUGUUUGGAACCUGCGUGUGGCAGGCAUUGUGAUGACACUUCAACACAACACUAAUUGCCUCAGUGUUCCACAACUUGCCACUAUAACGCAAGAGAAAAACUGCCCGAACCCAAAUUGGUUUGGAAUAGUCUGCAAGCAGGUUAUUAACCAGUGUAGAUCAUCUCUAGCCGCCAGUGGUGGUGGAGGGCAAGGGCCGCCGGUGUUGUUGUGUGGCAGGCUGAGGCAGGCUGCGGUCUGGAGUGUGUGAACUAGCCUGUAGCAGCAGGUGAAGAGCAGGCUGCAGGCUGGUCUGGAUGAAAGCCAACUGAUGCCCUUAAAAACAGCGCAACACUUCACACCUUCAUUGUCGAACUCACAACACAUGAAUUCUCAAUGAGCCGAAUGUGAUGUAUUAUAUUAAAUAUUAGUGUUACUUUCAGCCAGGUCUCAUAACUUUAUUCACUAUAAUCUUUAUAUUUUAUUUUAUUUAACAUAAAACAUUAUAAGUUAUAUAUAUAGCUAACCCUAUAUAGGUAAGUUAUCUAAGUAAAUUAGUUUCUUAUAUCUGAAAAGUAUGCACAUUUUUGACACUUCAUUGUAAUAAAGAAAAAAAAUAUAAUACAAAACCUACUGAAGACGAUGAAUUAUAUUAAAUUUAUGUAGGUAAGUUUUUGGAGAAAAGAUAUUCUAGUGAAGAAAUAUACUUAUUGGUACGAAACAAACCAAAACUCGACUUGACCAUUAACGAUCAAAAUAUACGAAUGCCAAUAUCUACAUAUGGAAACUUACCCUCAAUACUUGCUUGUACAAUAAUUUUCUUAAGUUAUGAGUGCUGAAUCUUGUGUUGACAAAUGUUGUUGCACUGAACUUAUGGCGCAUAAGCAAGAGAUUGGUGGUGGUUUAAUAGUUGCCAAAAAGAAAAGUUAUAGAAUGAGAUUUAGGCUCCACUUGUCAGCAUAAGUGUGUCAUGAAGGCUUGUGGAAAUUUCAUAUCAAGUUAAGUGUCCCUCCUCUCGAUCAAUGCACCAACCACCAAUCUCAUGUUAUUAUUGUUGUGUGUGUAAUUGCUGCUCUGGCCAUAACCCACUGUUAUUGUGUUGUAUGGGUUUAACGCCAGAGAGGAUUUCUCAUGUACCGAGGGCUAAGGGAUAAUUCAAAGUGUUCACCUCCUUCUGAGGUGGUAGGCCUGCCUAUAGUAUUUUGUUUGAAAGUCAUACUCCUUCCUAUAUGGAGUCUUGUCCAUAAUAUAAAGGAAGAUAGUUAUUGCACCAGGCUUUGUAAUGGGGAGGUCUGUGGUGAAAUAAAAUAAUAGAAGAUA